ACGUUAUUCAAGUAUCAUAUAAAGUGGCUUAGAAAUUAUCCUAUGAGAAUCACUUAUUCGUACAGAUAAAAUUAAAUGAGUACGGAAUAAGAAUGUCUGGGAUGUAAUUUCAAGCUAGUGGCCUAUCUAAUUUUAGAACAAAUGUUCAAAUUAUGUUUUAUUUAUCAUUUUAUAAUGAUAAAUACGCAUGUGGCUAUUAAACAUAUUUCGGAAGUUUCAAAAUUGAAAUUUUGAAGUGAGUGUCCGAUGUAUGAGGUGUGAGCUUGGUCAAUAUUGUUUGUGAUCCUAAUUUCUUGGAUGGUGGAUGCAAAUUGAUAGGACCGCACUCAAAUUGAUAUAUUUUAUUUUGAUUUCCAAAUUUAAAAAUCUAUCCACAUGCAUGCUCUCGGUUAAUACACAUACGUAUGAAUAAAAGCCAGUCUACACUCCGAUUCAUUUUUGCUUACUUACGCAAUACAGAGCACUGAGAAGAAUAGAAAAGGCUUCAUUUUUUUUUCUUUCACUGAUUUUACCCUUGUACCGAGAGCAUAUUAAAUCCAUAGCAUCCUCAUAAAGUUUUUAUCUACUUAACGAGUCUACGGCAUAUUGGGCAACGGUCGAAGGUUUCAGUCAAGGUAGCUACAAGUCUGAAACGGUGUAGGAUUAUCCUGGGAGCGAGUUGGCCAGUCCCGUUCGAGUAGCUAUCGAGAUACGGGGGCUAUCUUUCUUCAAGGCCAGUCCGAAAGAUAUUAUUUCUCGAGUUUUGAAAAUCCAAUAUGACGAACUUGGAAAAUGCUGCUACUUCUGAAAACGUUGUUGUUGAGAAUAAUGUGAAUGAAACCCCUGAAAAUAAUGUUAAUUCUGUGUUUGUGACUAAUUCUGGUGACACACCUGAAUUUGUUGCUACGGGCUCUCACAGGGUUGAUUUGACGGGAAUGCCUGAAAAAUUUUCCGGGCAUUUUUUCAAGCGUUGGCAACAACGCAUGAAAAUUUGGUUAAUCACCAAGGGAUUGCUCUCGGUAAUUAUGACGGUGUGUCCCCCCAUUGUCGAGUCUGAUCCCAAAAGUCUUGAACGCCAAACUUUAUGGCGUGAGAGGAAUGAAAUAGCCAAAGGAAUGAUAUUGUUGGGACUCUCCGACAUGUUAUUUGAUGUCUAUUGCACCCUCCACGGCACGGCUAAAGACCUUUGGGAUGAGUUGGAUAGGAAAUAUAAUACUGAUGACCACGGUCUAGAAAAGUAUAUUGUUUCCAAAUUCUUGAGAUUCGACAUGAAAGAGGGAAAAUCUGUUUUAGAACAAACACAAGAAUUUGAGCUUAUCUUACAUUCUCUCCGUGAAGCAGAUAUGGAAUUGCCUGAAAAAUUUAAAGUCAUGGCUGUAAUUGAAAAAUUCCCCAAAUCGUGGGAAGAUUUUGGUUUGACUUUAAAACACAAAAUGAAAAAGAUAACUUGGAAAAGUUUGAUGCAUUCCAUUACUGUUGAGGAAGAACAUAAGAAAGCGGGUUAUAUUGUGCCUGUUGAAUUUCAGCCAAAGGCUCAUGUUGUAACCGGGGGAAAGCAGUCACAAAAUUCUAAAAAUAAACAACCAUCAUCUUUUAAACCAAUAAAGGCCAAAUUAAAAAUUGCAAAGAAACCAAAGGCAAACCGGCCAUGCUGGAACUGUGGACAGAUGGGGCAUUGGGCCAAAUUAUGCCCAAAUAAAAAGGCUAAGGCUCAAUCUGGUGGACCUCAAGUCAACGUGGUGACUGGAGGAACUAGUUCCGAUGGCCUGCGGUUGGAAGAACAGUGAUGAUGGGAAACACAAGUGCUGCUAGUGUGCAUGGAGUUGGAAAAGUAGAAAUAAAAUUUCCUUCGGGAAAAAUACUUACUUUGCAUGGAGUGCAUCACGUUCCCGAAAUUAGAAGGAACAUUGUUAGUGGUUCCAUUCUAGUUAGGGAGGGUUAUGAGUUAUCUUUUAAAUUUAAUAAAGUUGUAAUUUUAUUUGGUGGACUUUUUAUUGGCAAGGGUUACUUGUCGGAUGGACUUUUUAAGAUUGUGGUUGAUUAUUUUGAAUUAAAUUAUGUAUCUGAGAAUUGUGAUUCUUCAACUUUAUGGCAUUAUCGUUUGGGUCAC